CCAACAGCUCAAGUUUUCAGCUGACAUAUAUCUCUACAUUUCUGAGCAAUUUCAUAUAAAAAAACACAGAGAUCAUGGCUGUUGGCUUACCUGGUAAUCUUGCUAAGCAAAUUCUUCGCCGUUCAGAAUCUGGCUCAAACAGAUCAACUUCAAGGUUUACAAAUGUGCCUAAAGGUUUCUUAGCGGUGUACGUUGGGGAGAACCAGAAGAAGCGAUUUAUAGUUCCUGUAGCCUACUUGAGCCAGCCUUCAUUUCAGGAUUUGCUGAGCAUGGCGGAAGAGGAGUUUGGCUUUGAUCAUCCAAUGGGUGGCUUGACAAUCCCCUGCAGUGAAGAGAGAUUUAGUUAUGUCGUCUCCGUCCUCAGCAGAUAAUAAGGACAGAGCAACAAAAAAUAGUUUUGUAUAGAGAUUCAGAACGACAAGAGUCGUUGCUUAAUGUAAAUGACAUUCUUUCUCUCCUUCAAGCUGAUGAAGCUUUAAAGAUUGAUUGAGAAAGUUUUACCUGUAUAUAGUGAAUCGAGAGCCUUUUUAGUUCAAAUCAUACAAUCACUUUCCAUUUUUUCCUGCUUUAUUACACUAUCCAACUCUUCUCGAGUAAUUAACAAAAAGUGUUGCUGAUAAGCAUGAGCAUCCAUAUAAGUAAAGAAGUACUAUACUGUCAAUUCCUGCUCUGUGUAUCCACCAAAACAAGCUUCAGUUGUUUCAAUCCGUAGUCAACAGCUACCUUCCUAGCUGUUCACAGCACAGGCUUACAGUUCUAUAAUUUAAGAAAGGGUAAAAAAGAAA